AUGUUUGUUGUACUUUCUCUCUCCUCAGCGUCUCUAUGCCAUGGAGCAUGUGUGGAGGUGGACUCUGACACUGACGCGGUGGUCAACGAAGGCUUUAAGCUGGGCUGUAUCUCCUGUAAAAUGAGGGGCGAGGUGCCCGCCGAGGCCACUGUUGAAUGGUCCUUUAUGCCCAAAGGGGAGAGCGAGUUCACAACAAUCUACAGCUACGAGGAUCUAAUGAGCGACAUCCCGGACGAGAGCUUCUACGAGCGUCUGGACUGGAACGGCAGCAAGAAGACCAAGGACCUGCAGGACGGCUCCAUCUACAUCCUGAACGUGACGUGGAACGACACGGGCACCUACCGCUGCAUCUUCAACCGCACCCUCAUCUUCACCUCCUUCAAGUUCCACAACGACACCACCAAGAUCGUCCACCUCAACGUGGUGCCAAGACUGACCAGGGGGAUAGCGUCCAUCUUGUCCGAGGUGAUGAUGUAUGUCACCAUCGUUGGGCUGCAGGUAUGGCUGGUGGUGGAGAUGAUUUACUGCUACAGGAAGAUAUCAGCGCAAGGCGAGGAAGCAUUGAGAGAGAGCGCGGCGGAGUACUUAGCUAUAGCUUCGGAGAGUAAAGAGAACUGUGCAAUGGUGGCAGUGACAGAAUAGCACUGGUUAAAGAAUGGCUCCAAACGACCAUUAGCUCUCGAUAGCCCUUCAACACUUCUCCACUUCACCCCUUCUUCCAUUAUGACACCAUCUCAUUGUGACACCAUCUCAUUACCCCAUCCAGGAGGACAAGCAGCCAAGAGGCUUGUCCAGAGAACAGAUGGAUGAGAAGUGAAACAGCCAAUGAAAAAAAAGGACAUAUGCUGUAUAUUUGCAUUUAAAUACAGUAGUGUACCAUCUAGCAGUACUAUAAUAUCAAAGAGAGUUGUAUAUACAGUACGUAUGGUUAAUUAUGCAAUCCAAAUCUUCAUUAUAAUACUCCUACAUUAUAUUAAGUUAGUAUUGUACAUUAAGAAUAGCUGCAUGUGUAGUGAUACAUCCUAACCAUGGGCAUUAAUAUGUUUCUUAAGGUCAAUUUCAGGAUUCUAAMGUGUGCUUGUAUCAAAGCAAUUAGAGGUCAGAACUCAACUGCAAUCUGACACAAUGGCUUCAGUAGCCGGUCUUGAUCAGACCUUCAAUGGCUAUUAUGCGCAGAUCCAGACUAGCCUACCGGUAUAUUCAAAAGCAUUCCAAUAAAACCUUAAGUUAAUGAAAUGAGUACCCUGAGGAGUAGUAGCCUAACACACGGUUGACUAGCUGGGAGUACUGGAUUGUACACAUCCAGAGCAACUAUUUCUGUUUGACAACAUCUGUCUACCCUUUAAAGGUUAAAGCAUUAAUGAUCUAGUAAUGUUACCAAUAGUCUUCCUCUUUUUUUGGGACAGGGAUAACUCUCUCAAACUUAAAAAGUACAUUAGGAUCAGGGUAAAUUCACUAUCCAGUGUCUAGUAUAGGACGGUAGAAUGCCUGUACAUACUGUAGAUAGAGGACUGUAGCUAACUAUUUAUCAAUGCAAUGGAAUCAUUUUCACGUAACCGGUGAUUUGCUUAUGUCAGACGAUUUAAGGUAAUUAACAUGGUCAAUUCCUUAAAGCUAUCAUUAUCCACCAAUGUAUCCUUCUAGAAAGUGUCACAUUAUAGCAGUGCCAUUUUAAAAUGUUGAAACUAUCAUUCUACCAUUGUGACUGGAAACCUCAAUAUGCAACAUCCAUACAUUAUACAUAUAUUUAUUGCAGUAUAAUUGUAUUCUCUCCAUAUUUCAUUAAUGCUUUACUUGCUAGAUUUUCCUUACCAUAUUUACAACAAACAAGGGCUUGUGAUAUUAGCUACCAUUUUACUGCCGUGGGAAACUACCACAAUUUGUCCAGUGUGCCUAGAGCAGGAAUGUCUGUGACUGGUCAAAGACCUGAAACGGUUUAGACAAGACGCUAAACUGGUUUAAAACAAGUUAUUUAAUGAAGAUACCUAAUGUGAGCAGAAACUAUACUAUAUACAGUGUUGGCUUAGUGCUCAUAUCAAUCAGUCCCUAUGGAGCAGAAUACAGUGAGUUGCUAUUGAAAACKGACAUCCCUGUCGUUCCUAUUUGGCAGUCAAUUCUGAAUUAUACCUCCAGGGGCAGCAUAACACUGCCUAAUGUGGACUGCCAUCUUGCAUGCAUACUUUCUUGUAUAAUUUCAUUGGGAUCUGGGUUUGCUACAUUUGAAGUACAGAAAAGUGAAAGAAUAAUAGGAUUGUUAUCACAUGAUAACUGCCACACAUGAACAAAUGCUCAUUCUGUAGAAUUAAUGUUCAAGAUUCUGAAUUAUUCAAAAUUCCUUUUAAAAACCUUGACGCCGAUUUGGUCAGGUUAGAGUUUCUAUUCGCCUUUCACAGAACUUCAACAUUAAAUAGCGGAAUAUCUUGGAAAAAACAACAGCCUUAAAACAAGGAAUAAUCUACUUCUGCUGUAAUUAAAAAUGUUUACUGAAGAGAGCUGUUCCAGUUCACAUUACUAUGGAAAUGUUGCUUGCCAAAACAGUCAGCUUUAUACCAUAAUACAAUUGUCAUGUGAUAAUGGAGUAGGCUUUAUGUCUGGUUUAUUAAAUCAAAACAAUCUCUACCUUGUCAGAUUUUUAUAUUUGGGGGAAAUGUUUGUGGGAACUUCUCGGUCUCUGACAAGCAAGACCCUCUUUCGCGCGCAGAGAGAAAUAGACAGACAGAGUGUAAUAAUAUCAUCUAAAGAGCAUAGGGCUACUGAAGUGUGGGACAUAAAUGGCCUGUUGUUCUGGCAUGCAGUCACAUGUUGUAUGGCUGUCACUGUGCUGUGGCUAACCUCAUGAUAGAGUACCUGACUGGAAACUGGUGAUGUCACAGUGAUGUAACAUUUCCAGGAUAAUUGACGGGCUCACUGGGAGUCAGGGGGAUCAGAUAGCCGAUAUUGUAGUCUGUUGACCAUGAACGACUUCGGCAGUGGUCAAACACAAACUUUCCCUUAUGACCUUUCAAACCGCUUUAAUUGACAACUCCCAAAUAUACUUUAAUAUAAUGUACAAGGUGCCUGAGGGUGGCCUUACAGUUAAGGGCCCUGCACAUAUACGUUCUCCCCCCCAUUCUAGCUUUAACUCGACUGAUAGCUACGUUGAGGAAUUUUUUUUAACGUUCUAUGGCUGUGAUAUGUGGCUGUCCCACCUAGCUAUCUUAAGAUGAAUGCACUAAGUUGCUCUGGAUAAGAGCGUCUGCUAAAUGACUAAAAUGUUAAUUGUACGUAUCCUGGCGACUACCAGCCCUACACCGCAUCUCCUUUCUCUCAGUCCCCCCUUUAUUAACAGAGAAGGUAUGAAAUUAACAAACAAACACAGGAGAGUUCAAGUUGUCUCCUUUAAAAAAAAAACGACAAAGUUUGAAGUUCCCCAUCAACUAACGUGUCCUCUGAAGCUCAGAUGGUACAGCAUGGCGCUUGCAACGCCGGAACAGUGRGUUCGAUUCCCGGGACCACUCGUAGGUAUAACGAAUGACUACGUUGCUUUGGGUGAAAGCAUCUACUAAAUGACAUAUUAUGAUAUAUUAUCUAAUACGCUAAGCAGUAUGACCGCCCUUCAACCUAGAGAGAUAGCAGGCCAGAUCAAUUCCUGUGACAUGAAUAGAUUGCAACAGUGUCUCCUGCUCCUUGGUAAUGAUGUAGGCCAGUAGAUCAACUGUGUUUCUAGGUCAAUUGACAGUAUCGAUCUACAUGGACUUUGUCUGAAGUCGCUGUUAUUGGCAGACAWCUAAAAUCAAUGAAAU